AUGAGUAGUGAUGAAGAUAGCGCGGCGCUCAUGGCCGCUUUCAAGAAAAGGACUGCCCCCAAGUCCAUGCCCACUCCUACACCAAUGGAGCCUGCAAGGCAGCCUUCGGGAGCUGUCCCACCCCCUCUAGCCGCUUCGUCAUCUGACGAUAAAUCUGCUAUACACGUCCAGAAAAACCCAGUGAGACGUAGACUGCAAUGUGUGCGCAUACCACCAGUCAGGAUCAAUAGAGCAGAAUAUACAUACUUUGAACCAAGCGAGGAAGUUGAACGCGUUGUUCGGGAGAUCUCAGGCAAACUGGGAGAAAUAGCCUACCAAGUCAAGUUGUCUGGAAAUGGCAUUGAGCAGCUCUCUUUCGAAGAGCUUCUCCAACUACCUGGGGGCUCAGAAGCACUGCAUGCAUUUGAGUUGCACGACAAUUCCGGUAUGACAUCGAGCGCUGACGACGACGACGACAUGAAGCUCCGGGCUAGAUUUUCAAAAGUCACAAACAAGGACUUUGUAGAUAUUUCAACGAUUCCCAUUUCUUCCUCGGAAGACGACGACCAAGAUGGGCCCGCAACGGCCUCGCGCACACAGCGACAUGGUCGCGUACGGACACUGAAGCGCAGCGCUCGCUCGCAGAGAUCCUCCAGAGCUCACUCGUUGAGCAGCGGCCUGGUUGCACUAUCCACAGACGACGAGGACUCUGGCGUUUCCGGUAGAAAACCGAGAGGCCGAAAGCGCAAAGGCGCACAAGAGCCCACACGCCGUUCAUCGAGAAAACCACUACAAGUGCAGGGCUAUGAUGAAGACGACGACACUGACAACUCGAGCGCUUCUGACAUUCUCCUUUCUGAUUUGGGCGCUGGUCGGAAGCGCAAACGACGGUCCUUGCGCACUACUUAUCCAGAAAAGGUCCCUCGUGUAGGCCAACGGCAGUCUGAUCGAGCAACACGAGCAACGAACAAUAUGCAGGAAGCGGGCAUGGAUGACAUAUAUCGAUCGGAUUCAGAGCCAAAAGUUGCUGCCCAGAAGGUGUCAGUCGUCCGCGAGGUGUUCGCAAAACUUCCCCGAAGUCACCCCUUUCGCGGGCGCCACGCAGAAGGCUGCGAAGUGUGCUUUGAUGGACCCAACGUUGCACCUUUGAUUUACUGCCAAGGGUGUUCAUUUGCGUACCACAAGAACUGCCUUGGCAAUCGAUCUACUCGUGAUCAUCUUGUCACAAAGAUUGGCGACGAGGACUUUGUGUUGCAGUGCAAGCGAUGUAUCGGCUUCUACAAGAUGAAGGAUGCGACUGCCCCAGACCUAUCCCGGUGUCAGGACUGCGCAGUAUCCGGUGCCUCAUGUCAUCCUUUCAGAAGUCGUAAAACAACUCAACAAGAGAUGAAGGAACGCGAAGAGAAUAACGGAUACGAUCCGGUAGUUGACGUUCGUUCUGAAUUGAUCAACAACGCAAACAAUGUCCUCUUUCGAUGCACUAAAUGCUCUCGAGCAUGGCAUUAUCAUCACCUGCCACCUAUAUCUCCAUAUGCAAUGGACGCCAACCGUGAUGACGAAGAGCUAGCGGACGAGCGGUUUCGCGAAUACUCUAGAAAGUGGCUCUGUAAAGAGUGCGACGAGACCAACGACCGUAAAGUCGGUGCAAUCGUCGCCUGGCGACCGUCGGAUGUCGAGUCAUAUAGACUGGGCAUACCUUGCGAGCGAAUCUGCGAAGACGACAAGCAGUAUCUUAUCAAAUGGGAGAACAAAUCUUACUUUCAAGCAGCAUGGCACUCUGGAGCCUGGACCUGGGGUGUUACCGCCGGAAUCCAGCGAAAAGCUUUCUUCAAACGUGAAGAAGGCCCCAAAAUGCACACUGAAGACGCCAUUCCUGAGGAGUACCUCCGCAUCGACAUCGUCCUUGACAUCAGAUACACUAGCUAUGUGGAGAUCCGUAGCGAGGAAAUUGACAAGGCUCGCAUUAAAGAGGUGGAUCAGGCUCUUAUCAAGUACAAAGGUCUCGGAUACGAAGACGCCGUAUGGGAGAGCGUCCCAACGCCGGAAGAUGGUGAUAGAUGGCUGGACUUUGUCACUGCAUACAACGAUUGGGUCGCGGGCCGUUAUGUGAAGUGCCCGAAACAAAGUGCCCUCAAGGCACGCCUCGACAAAGUGCGUAGCACACCGUUUGCCACUUUGGAGAGAGAAAAGCAGCCUGACAGUCUUGUGGGUGGAGAACUGAUGAAGUACCAAUUGGAGGGGCUCAACUGGCUCUACUACAAAUGGUACGAUCAAAAGAAUGCCAUUCUUGCCGACGAGAUGGGUCUUGGAAAGACGAUUCAAGUCAUUGCUUUCAUGGCAACACUCGCCCAGGAACAUAGCUGCUUUCCUUUUCUGAUUGUUGUACCAAACUCCACUUGUGCCAAUUGGCGACGGGAAAUCAAGCAAUGGGCACCGUCUCUCCGCGUCGUUGCAUACUUUGGCUCAGCUAAAGCUCGUGAAAUGGCCUACAAGUACGAGAUGUAUCCCAACAAUGCCAAGGACCUACGAUGCCACAUUGUCGUGACAUCGUAUGAAGCGGCCGCCGACCACAGUUGCAGGAGGUUCUUUAGGAGCGUGAAUUGGGUAGGCCUCAUUGUUGAUGAGGGCCAGCGUUUGAAGAACGACAAGAGCCAGCUGUACUCUGCUCUCACAGCAGUACGUGUGCCUUUUCGACUGCUACUGACCGGUACACCGCUUCAAAACAAUGCCAGAGAGCUCUUCAAUCUGUUGCAGUUCCUGGACGAUACCAUUGAUGCUGCUGAGCUCGAGGAGGAGUAUGCAGAUAUGAACGCGGAGAAGAUCAGGGAGCUACACAACCGCAUCCGUCCCUUUAUCCUUCGUCGGACCAAAGCAAAGGUGUUGACCUUCCUGCCGCCCCUGGGUCAGAUCAUUCUUCCAAUAUCCAUGAGCCACCUACAAAAGCAAGUGUACAAGUCGAUCUUGUCGAAGAGCCCUGAGCUUCUCAAGGCACUCUUUACUACUGACAGGCAACUUAACCCCCGAGAGCGCAGCAAUCUUGGUAACAUCCUCAUGCAACUGCGCAAAUGUCUCUGCCAUCCAUUUGUCUACAGCCGCGAGAUUGAGGAGCGAACCGAUGUUGCUGCUGUAUCCCAUCGCAACCUAGUCGAAGCCUCUGCCAAGCUCGGUCUUCUGGAACUACUGUUACCAAAACUCAAGGAGCGUGGCCACCGAGUACUCAUUUUCAGUCAGUUUCUCGACAUGCUCAACAUCAUUGAAGACUUCCUGGAUGGCAUGCAGCUUGCAUACCAGCGACUGGACGGGACAAUGGGUUCGCUCGAAAAGCAGAAGCGCAUUGAUCAGUUUAACGCCCCCAACUCACCUCUCUUUGCCUUUUUACUCUCCACUCGUGCAGGUGGUGUUGGCAUCAACCUUGCAACUGCCGACACUGUUAUUAUCCUGGAUCCAGAUUGGAACCCACACCAGGAUCUCCAGGCUAUUGCCCGAGCUCAUCGCAUUGGUCAAAAGAAUAAGGUCCUUUGCCUUCAGCUAGCAACCCGAGCCUCAGUUGAAGAGAAGAUUAUGCAAAUGGGAAAGAAGAAGAUGGCUUUGGAUAAGGUGGUCGUUCAAGAUCUCGACAGGGAAGACCCGGAAGAUGAGGAUGUUGAGUCGAUACUCAAAUACGGUGCAGCAGAACUCUUCAAAGACGAUGAUGCAGACCACGACAUUCGUUAUGACGACGCCUCAAUUGAAAAGCUGCUGGAUCGUAGCCAGAUUGAGAAGACGCAGACGAGCGAGGAUGAUUCUGCCGAGUCACAAUUCGGAUUUGCGCGCAUUUGGGUGAAUGAGAAAGGCACAUUGCAGGACGACUUUGAUAUGGCCGAUGAAGAGGUGGCCCCAGAUCCGGGAGUUUGGGACAGGAUUCUGAAGGAGAGGCAAGCUGCAGCGGCCGCUGAAGCACUCGCGCGGGCUGAGGCCAUGGGUAGGGGUCGGCGGGCUAAAACCAAUGUUGAUUACACUGCUGAGAUGAAAGAUGCUGACAAUACAUCUGUCGCUGGAGAAGAUCAUUUCGAAGAUAACCUCGCUCAUCCGCCCUCCCCUAUCAAGAAGUCGAAGAAGAAGCGUAAGGUCAAAAGAGAUUCUGAAAGUGACACCGACUUCCAAGCCGAGUCUGAGGACGAGAGCGAGCCUGGUUCGGAUAAUGAAGAUGCCAACGUUGCUCGAGAGCUCGGCGAUGAUCGUCUUCAAAGUACAAAAAAUACUGCCAGCUCGUCGCUAUACAAGCAGAACGGCGCAGGUGUGUCCAGUGUUUUUUCUAGUCAACCCCCAAGAUUUCCCGGUGUCUCCCUUCUUCCGCCGUCUACGUCCAUGGCCAUCGUACCACCGCGAGGCGGCUUCAAGGUUUCUUUCGAUGAGUACAGAAAGCCUGGCAGCAGUACACAACCAGGUCAUUUCCCCUCUUCAUCUACUGGUGCCUUGAGCUUCCAAGAUCCGUCCGCCAUGGCCUAUACUUCCCCAGACCCAUCUCGAAAGGCGCCAAAAGUAUCAAAAACUAACAGGACAGCAGUCAAACCGUUCCAGCGUGUACAACUACCGAUCCGGAAUCCGCUUGCAUUGGCAUAUGGUACCUACAGCCAAUAUUCCUGCCCAGCUUGUUUGAAAAACCAUCCACAGGGUGCUUGUGAGUUCAAAGUCGCAGGUGUCGAACACUGUGGCUUGUGCGGUCUAGCGCACUAUGGAUACUCCCGUACAUGUCCGCACAUCAAAUCCGAAACCCAAGUUCGUGAAAUGCUGGAGGCUCUCAAGAGCUCGCCAGAAGACAAAGAGCUUGUAGAUGCAGCAGUCAAGUAUCUACGUGGCGUCAAGGGUACUCUUGUGCAGCAGAAGAAGAGGGAUAAAGAAAAGGCAGCUCUCGCCAAGGCUAAUCCCAUUCCACCGCCUGGAUACCCUGGCUCAGUGCAUGUGCCAAACCACGCCUAUCCUCAGCUACUCAACACUACUAACGGGUAUGGUUCGAAUGUUCCGCCUAGUCACGGCUUGCCGGAACCGCCAGGUGCACAAAUGGGUCAUAGGGACGGUGUUGGUCAAGGCCAGGGUACGCACGCACAGCAGCAGAUGAUUCAGCAGAUGCAUGGUCAGGGUUACAACGACCAGCAAGUCGAAUCUGCCCUAAGAGGUUUCUUGGGCAGUGGUUGA